AUGAUGUCACACUCGCAAUACAAUGGAGACCAGGUUCUAACUCAUUUUUAUGUUCCCAUCCACAAAAUGUCCGACCAUCUCAGAGCUCAUCAUCAUUUGUGCUUUGAACUUCUUGAGUGUAAAUUGCUCGUGCGUUUCUGGACGAGAAAUUUUUGCGUAACCAAACCGAAAAUAUAAAUAUAUCCAAAUUUAACAAAAUGGUAUAAAUUCUUUGUGUUCAUCGUCUUGGCGCUGGUUGGCUGCGCGGCUGCCGCACAGCUGCCCGAUUCGGCCACACAGGGACCCAAUCCGCAGGACAUUGCCACACCCGAACCGGAAUACAUUGACAUCGAGGAGCCGGCACCAGGCCCAGCUGCUGCUCCGGCGCCGCGUCCAGUCGCCGCCCCAGCGCCACGUCAGCUCUCUGUUGCGCCGUUGCCACGUCCCAUUGCCCGGCCCAUCGCGGUGGCCCAGCCGAUCGCCUAUGCCCAGCAGCCAAUUGUGCAGCGCGCCCAGUACCUGCCGCCCCUGGCGGCCCAGCAGCACCAGGUGCCCGGCCAUGCAUACAGCAGCCAGUCCGGCUACCAAUACCGUCGUCCAGUCUAUGUAAGGCGCUUCUAUCGUCAGCGCCGCUACUAAAGAGGGGCGGAUGCCUAGCAAUUAACUUUGUCUAUUUAAUAUAUAUAAUUUCUAUAUGAUUUCCUAUU